AUGACUGAAAGACCUAUAAGAGUGGUCAUUUUAGGUGGCUCAUCUACUGGCAAAACAUCUUUCGCCUCAAGAUUAACCGUUAAUUUGGUACAUGAAGUUCAUUACCCAACAAGAAAACAAACGAACUGGUUAUUCACGUUCAAACCUUCGAGUCCUCUUGCACGAUUCUUGAUGGACCGGAAAUGCCAUGCUCGUCUCAAAAAUAGGACUCGUGGUGAAAUUACUGCACCAUUGAUUGAAUCACCAGAGUUGACCUCACGUCUUUUGCUAUCACCUUUCAUAUUCAAUAUUAUAAUGCAAGAGUAUAAGUAUGCUCGAGAUCACAAUAUUAAAGACGAUGCGGAUCUGAAACGAGAUAAUCACGUAUACAAAUACUUGGAUUCUCACGAUGAGAUAAAUGAAAAGAAUGUAAAUUUAAUGACAAACUCUAAUGGGAAUAUAGCAUCGGACCAACACUGCAAAAAUUCACUUUCGAUAGAUGAAUUCCAGAAAAGAUACAAUCUUGAAGCCUUCAGACGACUUGGUUACAUACCUCCAUCAUACACUGACAUUUCAAUUGAUAUUAUAGAUACACCAGGAUUUAAUCCAGAUAUGGUCGUGCCAUUCUUGGAGCUUUCUCUAUUCUCCAAUUUGGGUAAACCAAGAUUGAGAGGAUUGGCAGAUGAACCGCGUAAGCCCGUCUCCACGCAACCAAUCCUUGUUGCAUCAGGAGCAGCAGAAUUAAACGGACGUGUGGAUGGUUAUUUUCUUGUGUACAGUCUAGUACCAGAACUAAACAAAAUCGACGCAUUGCCUUCUUACACUGAUGCUAAUGCCGACUCGCAUGAUAUUUCACCCUUACAUUCUGCUUCAAGUAAUGCGUCAAAUAAUAGAAAAAACUCCUGGUCAGAGUUCGAUGAUGGUGGAUUCAGUCUGCUAACUACAAUUAGAAACUGUUUCCUCGAUGCAUGGAAAGAAUACAGGAACUAUCAAAAGCUUACGAAAGAUUCUGCAGAAACAGAUAUUUACAGUUUAAUGCAGAAUUUGAAACAAAUGUGGAAGAGCGAAGUACACACAAAGGAGAACCAAAGAAAAAAACUAAUAACGACAUUGAAAGACAUCAAUUUGGCUCCUGAUGCUCCUGAUUCCCCACCUCCGAUCAUUAUUAUUGGUACACAUAUGCGUCACGAUUUAGCAUCCCCAGUGUUGUUGCAGUGGGGGAAAGAUUUGGCUCUUCAAUGGAAUUGUGGGUUUGUAGGUUUGGAUUCGAUGACUGAUGACAAUGUUGACGUUGCAUUCGCCAUGCUAUUACGUGAGAUUAUUGAAAGGGAUACUGCCAUUUGUAAGAAGCGUACAAAGAAGAGCACGCUAGGGAGGCUUCUAUAG